GUGUCGUCUCUCUAUGUGAUCUACUUUUAUUCACGUCACGCUCUAUACCGGAGUGGUUUUGACUCCCGUCUGACUGGUUGGGUUAGCGAUAGUUGUUCCACUGGCUGACAGACUCGCGUAUACACAACCGCAGCAGCUGAUACUUCUCUAUGAUUACCAACAACUAGACCGUCUGACUGGCUCAUUUCAUUUAGUAAGCCCUACGGUUGUGGCCAGGAAGGUUGGCGUAAACCCGCUUUGAUGCAGGAACUGGCCGAUGGUCGUUAGUUCUUUUUUCCUUUUUUUUACAUUCAUGCGUUAGAUAGCCUACACCUGUUAUUUGCUACAUCGAGGGGUUAGCUAACGUCAAAACGCUUCGGCCGACUGUUAGCUCAUACGAGCUAAUAUCGUUACUUUCUCUCCUGCUGCGUAUCAUAGCAAGGCUGCCAACAUGUUACAGUGAGUGAUGCACCGAGUGCUGAUAAUAACGAUGGCCAUCUGGGGGGCGCAAGGAUGCUCUAAUUCAGAGAGCUGCCCGCCACCGCCGGCCAACAUCACCUCCAAGGACUUCUGUUACUCGGCUCGAAUUCGCAGUACAGUGCUCCAGGGUUUGCCCUUUGGGGGGGUUCCCACUGUUCUAGCCCUUGACUUCAUGUGUUUCCUGGGGCUGCUGGUUGUGUUCUCCUUCUUGAGAAAAGUAGCAUGGGACUACGGACGCCUCGCUCUGGUGACCGACGCCGACAGAAGAAUGGAUCAACAUUACAGUCGCCUGGAUGAUCGGGAAUACAGUGCCUCCGCCAUGACAUUAGACACCACUGAACGAUACGAGCGCCUCACUUCAGUAUCCAGCUCUGUGGACUUCGAGCAGAGAGACACAGGCUUCUGCUCCUGGCUAACUGCCAUUUUUCGCAUCAAGGAUGAAGAGAUAAGGGAGAAAUGUGGUGAGGAUGCCGUACAUUACUUGUCCUUUCAGCGCCACAUCAUUGGCCUGCUGGUGGUGGUCGGCGUACUGUCAGUGGGCAUCAUCUUGCCCGUUAACUUCUCGGGAAACCUACUUGAAAACAAUGCCUAUAGUUUCGGGCGAACUACAAUAGCAAAUUUGAAUGCAGAUAAUGCACUACUUUGGCUGCACACCAUCUUUGCUUUUCUCUACCUGUUACUUACGGUGUACAGCAUGCGACGGCACACCUCCAAGAUGCACUACAAGGAGGACGACCUGGUGAAACGCACUUUAUUUGUCAAUGGAAUCUCCAAAUAUGCAGAGGAGUCCGAGAUAAAACUACACUUUGAGACGGCGUAUGAGCACUGUGUCGUACUGGAAGCACGAAUAUGCUACAAUGUGGCCCGACUGAUGUACCUCAACUCGGAAAGGAAGAAGACCGAGCGCAGCAAGAAAUUCUUCAUUGACUUGGUGGCCAAGGAGCAUGUUACCACCAUGAUCAAUCCAAAGCCCUGCGGACACCUUUGCUGUUGCAUCAUCAAAGGCUGCGAGGAGGAAGAGGCAGUGGGAUACUACACUAAGCUGGAGACCAAGCUGAAGGAGGACUACAGGAAGGAGAGAGAAAAGGUUAACAGGAAACCCUUAGGAAUGGCCUUUGUCACCUUCCAGAAUGAAUCCAUGACUGCCACAAUCCUAAAGGACUUUAAUGCUUGCAAGUGUCAAGGCUGUCAGUGUCGUCGGGAACCCAAAAGCUCUCAAUUCAACGCCAAGCUCCACACACACAACUGGACUGUCAGCUACGCCCCUGAUCCGCAAAAUGUGUACUGGGAGCAUCUGUCAGUGGGAGGAUUCCCCUGGUGGAUCCGCUGCUUCAUCAUCAACCUUGUCCUCUUCCUCCUGCUCUUCUUCCUCACCACCCCGGCCAUCAUCAUCUCCACAAUGGACAAGUUCAAUGUUACCAAACCAGUCGAGUACCUUAAUAAUCCAAUCGUCACCCAGUUCUUCCCCACCCUCCUUCUGUGGUCCUUCUCCGCUUUACUUCCUACCAUUGUCUACUAUUCGGCCUUCUUUGAAGCCCAUUGGACCCGGUCAGGAGAGAACAGGACCACGAUGCAUAAAUGCUACACUUUCUUGAUCUUUAUGGUCCUGUUGCUGCCUUCCCUUGGACUCAGCAGUUUGGAUGUUUUCUUCCGCUGGCUUUUUGAUAGAAGAUUUUUGGCUGAUGCCAAAGUGAGAUUUGAGUGCGUGUUUCUUCCUGACAAUGGAGCCUUCUUUGUGAACUAUGUCAUUGCGUCUGCAUUCAUUGGCAACGCCAUGGACCUGCUGAGGAUCCCCGGUCUGCUAAUGUACAUGAUCCGCCUCUGCUUGGCUCGCUCUGCAGCAGAGAGGAGGAACGUCAAGAGGCACCAAGCCUUUGAGUUCCAGUUCGGGGCAGCAUAUGCCUGGAUGAUGUGUGUGUUCACCGUGGUAAUGACCUACAGCAUCACCUGCCCAAUCAUUGUCCCUUUUGGGCUGAUGUACAUGCUGCUCAAACACCUCGCGGACAGGUACAACAUGUACUACGCCUAUCUGCCAUCCAAACUGGACAAGAAGAUCCACUCUGGAGCGGUCAACCAAGUGGUGGCUGCUCCGAUUCUCUGUCUCUUUUGGCUCCUGUUCUUCUCCACUGUUCGCUCCGGGUUUUCAGCUGCCACGUCCAUGUUCACGUUUGUGGUUUUGAUAAUCACAAUCAUUAUCUGCCUGUCUCACGUCUGCUUCGGACACUUUAAAUAUCUAAGUGCUCACAACUACAAGAUUGACACCCAGGCGGUGGACGGUUUAGAGAACGGGCGUCCAGUGUGCGCCACAGCCGCCAACAAGGCAGCGCAAAUGUACAUUGCUCAGGUACUUCAGGACCCAAAUUUAGAGGAGACUGGUUCAGGUAGCGGUGAGGACGAUGGACAGGUUUCCUCGCAGGACGAGGAAAUAAUCAAUGUGGAAAACGGCCUGAAUGAGGACUUCCAGUCUGGGGAGGACAGCCUCAUUGAUAAUGAGGUCCGACACUGAUCUUCCAAGUUUCACUUGAGGAGUGCACUGAAUAUGUGAAUUUAACUAGGAACUGAACCAACAGUUCUCCAAAGCAUCUCAACCUCAAUGGAGGGACUUGACACUAACAUAAGCACAGUCCAUUAAGGAUUGGAUGGAUUGUCGCUCAAGGAUUCCUGCAUUUUCUACACUGGAUCUCAUCAAACCACAUUUUCUGGCUGUAUACCUGCAGAGGGAAUCCACUCUACCAAUGCAAGGCCGGCAACAUCCUUCUGCCCCAAUAUAGCUGACGCACACCCCAAAAAGCCACACAUGAGAGAAAGACACUAAUGCACAAUGAAGAAUAGCUUGCCUUGUUUUUUAGGGAAAGUGAUAUUCUGUCUGUAUUUCCUUUAAAAGUUGUUGCCCUUGAAAGCGAGGACCUGUCCCAUAAGCUCCAUUUUUAAAUAGCGUACGGUAGUACAGCAUGCCUACAAGUUCAAAUGGUGGAGGGGUUUUUUCUACAAUCCUUCGUAAUUAUCCCUAAUUUUCUGCACAAAAUGCUUCCCCCGAAUAAGAAACUAGUCUGCUUGGUCUGUGCAGAUGUGAUGCCCUCAAAAUUGUUCUUCCAUUUCCAUAAAAGCCUUUUUUUAUUCCUCAUUGUCAGUAACACUCCUGUACGCUUUGACACUGUACAGCUACAAAACUGUUCUGAAAAAUAGCCUCUUUUGACAUAUGUCAUGGUAUUUAUUUGUAGGCUUUGAAUUUUAAAAGCUAUCAAGCUUGAUGCAUCUGUGGGGAUUGGGGAGUUUGUACCUCGGCACACUACAUUGAAUAUGAUCUUUUAGGCGUUUGUUCUCUGAGCCUCUGGGGGGGGGGGCUGUUGGACUGCUGCUAGUGAUGCUUCCCCUAGUAGGGGAACCUUCUUAUACGAGUGGUGCAGGAGGACCGGAGGCCUGGAGCCUGUCGGUCCUUUAGUGUUGCUCAAAGACUCGAGAGGAAGGCUUCUUUGGGAGGGGAGGGGAGGGGAGGGGGGGAGGAUCUGGGUCAGCUUCACGUGGUGCUCCUGUGACUGGUUCUCUUUAUCUGUUGUCCUUCGUUUGUAUCUUUUUGUCAUGUUUACGUCUUCAUGUAGAGAUUUUGAAAUUGGCAUUUGGCUCCGAUGGCUACUGAUUUUAGUUGAGACCCUUUCCAGGUCCCUUCCAUUCUUGUCAUGUAGGUAGUAGCGAUCUGCUCCCAUGGUCAUCGAGCAUUGUAACGGAUUCCUAUUUGCAAUUACUCAAGUUGUAGAUUGUUUGACUCAAAUUAUGCAAUUUUGGUGAUAACAAAUCAGAUGGGCAAGGCCACUUGAGAGAGUUACUCCAGUGGAGAAAGUGCACAUCUACUUAAAACCUUAGGUUUAGGCUAUUGAAUAUUAAAUAUUUCUAUGCCCUGAUCAUUUAAAUCAAAAAUGAAAUACAGGAAUGGUGUUGGUUCUUGACUUGUUAUGAAGUAAUUAAAUUGACCUCCAUUAUUGUGCGUCCCAUUUGCAAAUCCCCCCUUAAGGCUUGAGAAGGAACAAUAGUAUUGUACUAUAAUGCAUGGAGCUGCCUCCGCCAUAUGAAGCGGCUCCUUUUCCAGUACCAGGAGUAUUAAGACAGAGCAUAAGAAAUACAAAUAGUACAAAAUAAUAAUGUGAAAAUAAGUGCCCACAGAGCCAUGACCUGACUCUGAAUUGAUCAAUCUUCCUCUUACUGUCAUUUGAUAUUUUUUUUUUUCCCUUAGUCAGGAGAACACUAUGAUUUGCCCCAUUGAAAAUAAAUAAAGAUUGUUGGUGGACGAGUGUUGCAGACGAAUUACCACUACAGUCUAUCACUGUGGACCGGUGAUGUUUUCGGGCCAUAUUAUUGCUCAUGUAUUAUCCUGCUGCUCAGAACUAUUGUGUGAAAUGUGCACUAAUCUUCCUUGCACUCGUAUGAUUGACAGAAGGGUAUGCCCCCUGUGGAUGUAAUGAUGACAAAGGUGAGCCUAAACGGUUUCCAUAAUUUAUCCAUGGCUAUAUUGGCACCACCUAUGGGUUUGUUAUUAUGGUACUAACAAGAGAAUUGUUUGACACCAUUGAGUCUGUUGCUCUUCAAGUCAUGAUGGGGUGAUUUUUUUCCUUCCUUUAUAUACCUCUGUGAUGUCUUUGAACAUCUGAACAUGUCCUGUCACAAUAACACCCACAGUCCGUCUCGGAAUGGGAGAUACUUAAACGUCUCAUGUUGUCUAACAACUCCAGUGUUUAAAUGCAGAAUGUAGGUUCAUUCCAUAACUUUUGCUAAGUUGCUAUAGAAAUGGUGUGAUUGCUGUAUUUAGACAGCCUCAAAGUACAGUUCACUAGCUAAACAAAUAAGUUUAGGGGUUAUAAUUUAUUUACAAAUCUUACUGGGGUCCAGUCUUUUGAGAACAUGAUCUACAUUUUAUUUAGUUUGAUGGUUGCAAUGAUUUCCUGUAGUCUUUUUUUUUUUCUAACUGCUCAUGAUGGAUAUCUUUAUUUUAGUUUAUGUUCUUGAGAUCUGUAUAGAUUGUUUUUUGUAAACAGCCAAGCACUUUCUAAAAUAAGUUCUCAGCUUGUUUCUACAAUGUGCUCAGAAAGGGUUAAAUGUGUGUCUCAAAUCUGCAUAGCUAGAAUGUGUUUGCUUGUGUGCUUUGUCUUUUUUAUAGUUUUACAUUUUUCUAGAUAGGAAGAGUAACUAUAGAAGAUUUCAGCAUUUGACAGUCUCAUUUUAUUAUUUUCCCAAAGGGCCAUCAGUACAACAGAUAUAUUGUAUCCCCAGCUCUUUGAACAAUAAAUCUGUAUUUAAUCAUGUUCA